UUCAUGGCCACAUCACCAAUCUCAACACUCCUCCGUCAUUCACACUUCCCCCAGACGGAUCGUACAUGGCCUCGGUUUGCGCGCGCACUCUUCUGUACCGUAUUCACACCACGCGCUGCUGGUCCACCUUGGCGUGCAUUGGACUCAUUUCACGCGCUUCGGAACGCCACGCAGUAGGCCACCAAGGCCCGAAUUGGAAGAGCGCGUGCGCAUCGGCAACGUACGUAUCACCGACCUGAUCAAGAAGUUUAGAAUUCGCUGCAAGCUCUACCUCUUCCGUCGACCAGAUGAAUUGAGGUCCAUUUGGAAAUCAAUUAUCGAAAUUACCCAGCAGUGGUUGUCCUGACCUCAGCAUCACCCCCCCUGGCAGGUACCUGGGCCGUACUCGAUUCCCAAGCAAACGUUCGUCCGCUUGAUGCUGUUCGGGCCGACCUGCUUUGUUUCUCGCCAUAAGCAUUGCAACCUGAAGACUGCAGGCUUUUUUUUGGAGGAAGAGCGGCAUAUUCGGCGGCCAGCAGACUCGAUGGCUAUGCAAGCGCAUCAAUCGCCCUUCUACCCUCAUUCACCUGUCAACACGACACACACACAGAACGGGGGCGGAGAAGGGGAGCACGCGAUUGGGCAAGCAGGCCCUGGACCUGGCACGAGGAGCCUGGCGAUGCAGAUGCACCACAGCGGAGACGUGAGUAGGUUUUCGAGGCUCGUAGUUUGGAGAUGUGUCCACCAUCUUGAGAGGAGUCUAGUGGCUUUGGAUGCGAGGGCUUGGUACCACGUGCGCCUGGCGUCUGAAGUAGUGCCCCUACUAAGCAUUCUUGAUUGGCAAGCGCUUGCGCACCUUGUUGGAUCACGCUAGCGGGUGUACGUGGCUCAGUCGGAGGUCAGAUAGGAAGAGAGGAAGAGAGGAAGAGAGGAAGAGAGGAAGAGAGGAAGAGAGGAAGAGAGGACGAGAGGAAGAGAGGUCAUGUCUGCAUUGCGAGUGGAAUUAAAUUUCUUGGCCCCCGCAAGCUCACGUAGAUACGCUUUCCGCUCGGCUCAUUGCAGCGUCUCGGCCACACCGCUGGAUAUGAUGACCACUUCCAUCGUGGCUCUUCCAUUGCAAACAAUGGGCAUUUCGGCACUGCCUUCGGAGCAGGCGCAGGAGGUGUUACAGCCGCCAGCUCUCCAGCUUUCUACAUUUCUCACAGCAAUUCUGGUGGCAACUUUGGUCCUGCUUCAACCAUUGCCGGACCAUCCGCUUCCUCCUACAUGCCCGACUACGAGUCGCAUCACUCUCAUCAUCAAGCGCAUACACCCGGCUCUUCUGCUCUGUGGAACUCUAGUGGCUUCGAUCAUGACCCACACCGACCACCAGAAAGCUAUGUAGAUUAUCAACAUCCAGCUGGGAGCUUGCAAGGUACACACCCGUCCGGCAUGAGCACGUACUAUUCUUCGCCUUACGGAGGCCCACUAGGCGAAGGCGUGUCCCCUUAUAGCCACCAGCAAGCCGCUUCAGCUCCACUAUACAAUGGCGCAGCAGAUUCAGCUGGAACCUUACCGUUCAUGUUUGAUGAUCAGGACGACUCAGCAGGCGGUGGAACUGUACGUCCGAAAGCGCGGCGAGGCCCUGCAAAGAGACGGAAAUUGGCAGAAUCGAACGAAAGGCACGUCGGAGGCGAUCCGAAAAGCAGCAAAAGUCUGGCAGUCCGUGCAGGUGUCUCGAGCGGCGAUUUAGCUCGAAGUCUGGUUCAUAGCUGGCUCGAGCAGGGAGGCGGGCCAGGCAGUCCAAUUGGAGGUGCCAACGUCCAGCGCUCCGGUGCCCGGCGCGCUGAUGUGGGCUUGGGCGAAACGCUGUAUACGGACGAUGCUGCCAAGACCAGCACGCUACUGGAAGGCGAUGAACUUGAUCAACACGUCACCUCCGACCCCCUCUCAGGUUUCGACAUGAGCGCUUCGCACCUUGAUGGCGCGGACGACGAGUCUUUGAGAGUGCGGGACGCAGCGCACCGAGAUGUGGACACCCUGUACAAGGGCAAUCUAGGUGAUCAUAGCCUCGAUCCUGCAAAGGGGCUCGUUGGCGAGGCGGACGGGGCACAUUUGGAUGCCAAGAGCACCGUGCCUGCUGGCGAUGGAAUCGCGGAUGAAGAGCCGCUCUACGUCAAUGCGAAGCAGUAUCAGCGAAUCUUGAAGCGCAGAGCGGCUCGUCAGAGGAUAGAAAGAAAAAGAAGAAUAGACAUAGCGAGGACCACGCUGAAGAAUGCGAAGGAUGCUGGCGAGAUGGACCUGAGCAGCUUCGAUCUGACCAAGGUGAGCUUCUCCACCAAUCAAUGCUCGGCUGCCCCGAGCCAAACGUCUUCGCUAAGAAGACCCGCUUCACUCCUGACCCUGUGUCACGUAUAGCCGUAUCAGCACGAGUCGCGGCACAAACACGCCAUGCGCAGGCCGCGCGGACCGGGAGGACGUUUCCUCACAGCAGAAGAGAUCAAAGCCAAAGAGGAGCAAGAGGAGCAUGAGCAAGCUUCAGGGGGACAGGGAGUCGUUUUGGAUGAGAGGGACACGUCGCACGAGACUGCUGGGCUUGGAGGGCACGAAGAUGCAAAGCACGCUUUUGGCUUUGAUCAGGACGAAACUUGGGCUCUGCACCAGCAGCAGGACGAUUCGGCUCGUCGCGAUGGACAUGUAGACCAAGACGACCUCGAG